AUGCAUCUCCUCAGCUUCCUCUACCCUGCGCUGCUGGCAGCGAGUGGCGCAGAAGCCCUCCGCUCAGACAAGGUCAAGCUGGCUAAGAUUGAAAGCCUCACGCUGCGCAAAGGACAGCAGACCUCCGCGCGACGCGUUGACCCUAUCCCCCAGCUGAAAUGCAUCGGCGGUUCCGCACGCGGCCUCUACGAACCCGAGAUAAUGCGCUGCAAGAACAGCGGCUCUGACUACGACGAAGACUCCAUACAAUGGACCUGCACCGCCUCGCUCCCCGAAGAAUUCAAGCUCGGUUCCACAGACGUCAUCUGCGAAGGCUACGAUUACCCCGAAGACCCAUACAUCUUGAAAGGAAGCUGCGGAGUAGAGUACCGUCUUGUCCUCACAGAGAAAGGUCAAGAGAAGUACGGCAAGGGAAGAGGAAGAUGGCAGGGCGACGACGACGAUGACGACCGACGUGACGGACCGAAAACCAUGGGCGAGAGGAUUGCAGGCGGGCUAUUCUGGAUGCUCUUCGGUGGUGUCGUGUUGUGGAUGAUAUACUCUGCGCUCAGAAACCGCGCACAAGGUCCGGAUGGCGGCGCAGCAGGAGGCAACAGACCUGGCUGGGGAGGUGGCGGCGGCGGUGGAUGGGGAGGAGGCUACAACGACGACAACGACGACCCGCCUCCACCAUACUACCCGAACAAUCCCAAUAACCCCAAGUCAGGCUACGGUGCGACACAACCGGCACAAGGCUGGAGGCCUGGCUUCUGGUCGGGUGCGGCAGGUGGCGCUGCUGCUGGAUGGGCUGCGGGCCAGUUUGGCAACAGAGGCAACCGGAACAACCAGACGGGCGGCUGGAGCGCUGGAAACGGAAGUGGCAGUCGCUGGAACAACGGCGGAGAGGGUAGCUCAAGGAGUUCGUCUGGUGAUAGUUUCUCCAGCACCAGGCAUGAGAGCACUGGGUUUGGAGGAACUUCGCGCAGAUGA